CGUUUUCAUAAGUAAUGAAAACUCUUCUUCUGUUUGUCGUAUUCCUUGGAAUAAGAGCAGUAAGGAGGAAAGAUGAAGAACAAUUUUAAGCAAAUUAAGAAAUUAUGCAUAAUGAUCCCAGUUUUGAUGAUCUGGAGGAAAUAUCAGAAAAUCCAUUGGGAGCUAAGGUUUUACAAACAGUAGCUCUGUAAAUUAAAAGUGGAGAAGGCAUUGACAGCAUAGUUUCCUUAUUGACAAAUUUGAAGGGUGAUCUCGAAGUAGAUAAUGAUUUUAUAAAAGGGAAAAUAAAUCUAAUAAGAUGGGUCAAAUGCAGCCAUCUAAUCAUAAUGUAAAUCAGACAUGGACAGUUAUAGUUAACGAGUUUAAUUGGCAGUAAAUGAAAUUAAUGAUGUUGAAUUUAAAGUUGGAAGAUUAGAGUCAGAUAUUGAAGAUUAUACCAGUGAAUUAGAUCUUAAACAAUCCUAAAUAGAUGUAAAAGUGUUCGAAGAUUAUUUAAUAGACUUUUUAAAGUUCAGAGAAUUCUUUGAGAGAUUUAAGGUUGAAACAAUCAGCAAAUUAUAACAAAAGAUUAGGUUAACUAAAAGAAAUGAUAAAUGCAUUUUAAGUUAUGCUACCAAAGAUGCAUGAAUUGUAUGAUUAAGUUUCAUAGAGGGAUGCAGAAGUACAAAUUAAUAUAUUAUUCAUUAAGUCUUUUGUGUAAGAAGAAGCCUUUGCUACUUCUUUUGUGCAAUUAGCAAAUAGUGGACCAUCUAAUCCAAUCUUAGCUUUAGUUUAGGUUACCUCAAUGAUGGAUUCAAGAUCAAUUCAAACUAUAAUAGAAAAAAUGGAAGUCGUCCGAGAUUCCUUAAUAACUUCAGUGGAUGAAGAGACUGCUUUGGAAGAACAAGCCAUUAGAGUAAUCAUUUUCAGUUAAAUAUUAGGAUAAUGAUGUUACUCUUAAUGAAAUAUUUAAUGCUAUGCAGGCUUUGACUAGAGAAAAAGCAGCAGACGAUGAGUCUUUGUAGGAUACUAUAAGGACUAGAGAUCAAUAAUAGAAAAGAGGAAGCGAUGCUUAGGCUGAAUUUGUAGCAUCAAAGACAGGAAUGAAGUAAAGAAGAGGACAAUGUUAAGAAUUAUUAGUCUAAUAUUAAUAAAAUACCAUCUAAAGAAGUAGGGAAAUAGAGAUCAUUAAAAAGGUGUAGAUUAUUAUUUAGACUAAAUUAAACGUUGUGAAGUCAUUCAUCCAAGAACAAUAGAUUUCUUGA